AUGAAAACUAUUUAGAUAUAUAGUAUUUUAAAGAUAAUAGAAUAACAAUUAUUACUGAAAUAUUAAUUAAUAUCUAUUUAUGAUUAUAUAUAUAAUUCAAUAUAAUAAUAAAUUAUUAAUGAACAUAAUGGUUAAGUAAUUGGAUUAUCCAUAAAUCAAGAUAGUAAAAAGUUAGUUCUUGUGCUAGAGAUUAACAAAUUUUAUGAAUAGAAAGAUCUAAUGGAUAAUUGUGGUAUAUUAAACAAAAUAUUUUUGAAAAUUGUUAUCUUAUUCCAUUUAUAACAACAAAUAUAUUUGCAUUUCAACCCUGUAGUGGUAAACAUUUACAAUUCUAUACAAUUGAUCAUUCCACUGGAUUAUAUGUAAAAUCAAAGGAAUUCUAAGUUUAAGGAGUUGGAUAAGAUUGUUAGUAGUAUUUUCGCUAAAUAUAUAUAUCCUCCGGAUAACUUACUUUCUAAAAAUGAAUAUUGUGUAAAUUUAAUAUAAUUCAAUUUUGAUUAUUAAAAUUGGGAUUGCGAAUUUAUAGAAGAUAUUGAGUUUGAUUAACGUGGAAAUUUUGGAAACAUUUUUGGGACAAUGGUUGACAAUGGAGAAUAUUUUUUAACUUGGGAUUCUACGUCUGGUAAUAUAGAGAUCAGAUAAUUCACUUAUAAAAAUGAAAUGAAUGAUCAUUUAAUUAUUAAUUAAAUUUUUAUGUAAUUACUAUUUCAAUCAUCAUUAGAAUUAAGUAUAAAUAUUAAUUUAUAACAAUAACAUUAUGUAUUUUAGAAUUAAUCAUCAAAGUAAGAAAAUAAAUUAAAUAUUUAUGUUACUUUUCUUCUCUAAAUAUUAAUGUAUUGA